UUCUUCUCCAUCGCAUUUGAGCAUUUGCCAUUUUCAACUCUCAAAAUCGUUGAUGAAUAUUGAAUCAUGAUCUUCGAAGUUACCGUCGUCAAAGCCGAACUGCCAGCGCUCGCCAACGAUUGGACCAAAUGUUUUGUGCUAAUCGUCGUUGAUGGUAAUGAUGUGGCCAAGACAAAAUCAACAAAAAAGCCGGGAGUGUUCGAGUGGCAGGAACACUUCGUACUAGCAUCGGAAGCUGACGAAACUGUCUACCGAUUCGAACUGAGGAAGAAAAGCACAGUAUCUUUCCUCGGACAUCAGCUGCUAGCCUCCACAGAGAUGUCCUUGUCUGAACUUUUACUGAGAGCGCAGAAAGCCAGCCAUCUUGGUCAAAAUAUGUCCUUGCCUCUUCAGCCAUCGAAGGGUAAGCUCUCGGGCCACGACGGGGCCUGGAAUCUCUUCGUCCGGCUCGUGGUUCAGGACGUGCCUCAUGUUGCUAAAGUCGAGCACCCACGGAUUUCGCAUUCUCUUUCAGAGGUUGUUGCUAAGCUCGAAGCCUUCAUGCAGCUUGGGGAUGCCCUUGCACAACUUCAUCCUUACGCCUUCAUCGCGUGGAGGACUGCAACUGCCGUUUACACGAUCUUAAAAACCCAACUCGGCCAAGACGCCAGACUCGAUGCUCUGGGAUCUCUUAUGAAAGAUGCAUACUUGUUCGUUGAGGAUAUUAAACCGUUUCCCGAGAAGAUUCCCAUGCUUGAGGAAACCAUACGCAAACUCCUUGUCCAAACUUCUGAGUGCAUCAUGUUUGUCCAAGAAUGCAGCGGCCACGGGUUUGCUAAGAGGCUGGUGUCUACUGCGUGGGUGGAUAGGCGGAUCAACGAUUUCACGGACAGCUUUACAUCUCUCAAGCGGGCUUUGGAGUCCGGCGUAGCAGUGCAGACCACUAUUGUCUCUUUUCGUAUCGACGAAACCAUCAAGCGCAUUGUCAACAUCCAAAACUUGAUGAAGCUUAACCCGGUUGACAUGGACGACCCAUCGCGACCAGAGUGCCUGCCAAACACACGCAUGGACGUCAUAGGUGAUAUAUAUGAUUGGGCAGCGACCCCGACUAGAUCCAAUGUCUUUUGGCUUCAUGGUUUCCCCGGAGCUGGCAAGAGCACAAUAGCCACUUCUGUUGCAAAUCUGUUUAGGCAACAACGCCGCCUCGGUGCUUUCACCUUUUUCACACGCGGAGUAGAAGCUCGGAGCGAUCCAGCGUCGCUCAUUCGGACGAUCGCAUAUCAACUUGGAGAAUUUGACCCUCGAAUCUGCGAUGCAAUCUCUCAGGUCAUUGAAGAGACCCCUAGCAUCAAGCAAGCACCUUUGCACUGGCAGUUUCAACGAUUGCUUGCCGACCCGUUUCGAUCUCUGGAAGAUAUCCAACACGAGGGACCUGUCCUCGUGGUCAUCGACGCCCUUGACGAAUGUGGUCGCACUGGUGCACGGAAUGACCUCUUGACUGCCCUUGUCAGAGAGAGCAUGCUCCUCCCACCAACACUGCGCAUCUUCAUCACUAGCCGUACAGAGAAGGACAUCCACAGCGCCAUUUCAACACAUUCACACAUAAUCUCACGCGAGCUCGACCUUGCAUCUGAAACUAACGAGCGUGAUGUCAAAACGUAUAUUCACCACAAGAUGGUAGCCAUCCGUCUUCAGAAUGAAUACCUCGAUCUCCCACCUGACUGGCCAGGUGCGUCUAGGGUGGAUGCACUGACCUUGCGUGCAUCCGGGCUAUUUGUCUGGGCUGCGACUGCCUGCAGGUACGUGGAGAACGCACAGGAUCCUGAGGAACGCCUUUCCCAGCUCCUGCGCUCCGAGGUACAAGCAGAUUCUGAGUCCGCCCUUGAUAAUAUCUACAUCACUGCCCUGGAAUCUGCAGGGAAGUGGAACGACAGUGCGUUCGCUGCUGACUUCCAGGAAAUUUUGGGUAUCGUAAUCGUAGCCGAGAACCCAUUGACACCCCCAACGAUCGAUAUCCUUAAUGCCGAUUUUACGGGCGGGAGAAAGAAGCGGCCCUGUUUGCAUACCAUCCAGCACUUGAGCUGCCUUUUGCAGUGGGCAGCUGAUAAGCCCGUUCGUGUUUUCCACCCUUCGUUCGCAGAUUUCAUCACAGAGCGUAGGCGGUGUGGGCGUGAUGCUUGGCAUAUCAAUAAAUCGCAUCAUCACCUCCGUCUCGCACGCCAAUGCAUCGCUCGCCUGGCCGUAGCCCUGCAGAAGAAUAUCUGCCAAAUAACGUUGUCGCGGUCUUUCGAGGUGCAAAACCUCCCGGAUGCCACUGCUUAUCCCUGCACACAUUGGAUCGACCAUCUAUGUGAGGUCCAGCGCAGCGAGCACUCACUUAGCCGGGAGAUUGAUGGUUUCUUGCGCCAGCAUUUCUUGCAUUGGGUGGAAGCGAUGUCAGCAAUUGGGCGGCCAAGGCAGACGAUCACGUUAAUGGAUAAACUCAGGGAAUGGGUUGAUGCCAAUUACAACCAUGAUGACUCGUUGCGUUCGUUUGUCAAGGACGCUGAACGCUUCUGCCAAGCAUAUGCACACGUAUUCGAACGACAUCCACUCCUCGUCUACCAGAGCGCACUCCCAUUCACCCCUACUUCGUCUGUGAUAUACAAAACUUUCAACGAACCCACUCUGCCGCAGGUUGACGGGUUCCGCGACCAGUGGUCACCCCUGCUCACCGAGUUUAGCAAACCAGGAGAGGACGUAACGUCUGUUUCCUGUUCCAAAGACGGACGUUACAUCGUGUCCUCCGGCACUCGCUCGAUUUCUCUGUGGGAUCAUACCUCUUACGAACUGGUUACGACUAUGCUGCCUGGCGCUCGCAACACCACCAACGUUGUCAAGUUCUCACGGGAUAGUCAGCACAUUGCAAGCGGCCAUAUGGACGGAUCUGUGCGACUAUGGGACGCACUCUCGGGGGAGGAGAUAUUACCAACAAUGAAAGGUCACGGUGGGAGUGUGUAUGCGCUCGAUUUCUCCGAAGACGGCACACAACUGGUGUCUGCUGGGCAGGACAAAAAUAUCGUCCUGUGGGAUGUACGGACGGGCGAAAUGCAUCGGGAACCAUUGAGUGGACACACGAAAACGGUUCUUUGUCUCUGCUUCGCACACAGUGGAACCCGAUUCGCCUCAGGUUCUCGUGACCGAUUCAUACGGAUUUGGGACGCAGGGACCGGCAAGGAAGUCCUGCCACCCAUACUAUAUCAUGCCGGAGCGGUUAAUGCACUAGUUUAUACCCCAGAUGGACGGCGACUGAUCUCUGCUUCUGAUGACAAAGUAAUCUGUGUCUGGGACGCGAACAGCGGUACACUGCAACGAUUGCCUGGAACGCUCAAUGUACCUUUCAUUCUUCGCGGACACAGUAGCGCCAUUUACUCUCUUUCUAUCUCACCUGAUAGCACAUUGCUCGUGUCGGCAUCCAGGGAUACCACCGCACGCCUCUGGGACAUCCAAGCAGGUAUGGAACUCCCCGCUCUGGUGCGGCAGCAUCGUCUUCCGGUACGCUGUGCCACGUUUACGGCCGACGGCCGACGCAUCGUAACGAGCUCUUUUAACGAUCCCAUUCUGCGUCUCUGGGACACUGAAUCUACUGGGAGCAUGGGUAUUACGCGACGUCAUAAGGGCCUCGUUGGAUAUGUGUCAUUUUCAUCUGAUGGGCAACGGCUCGUAUCGGGGGGGAAAGACUGUCGGGUGCGAGUGUGGGACGCGGAGACAGGGGCGAUGACUGCGGAACUUUUUUUGGAGCGUGAGGUUUACCGGGUGGGGUUCUCUACGGAUGGUUCGAAAAUUUUAGCUUUGGACGAUGCGAGGGCGGUAUUCGCUUGGAAGUCAGACACCCAUGAACCAUUAAUGGCCACUCCUGGCGAUGCGCCGCGACUGGAAGGGUAUAGGGGGCCUCUUUCCAUCAUCAGGAAUCAGUGGAUUGUCAAUGCACGGACAGAGGAGGUGCUGUUGAUGUUCCCAAACAUGUCGCCUAUCAUGGCGAAAGCAUCGUGUGGACAUAGGUUUGCAGUUGGGACGGCGAACGGCGGUGUCGUCAUUGUGAGAUUUCAUGGCGUGGAGGCUGAACGUAAACUUUGACGUUUGCUAUACCUUUGGAAUUCUGCGAACAAUCACUUACCAGCUUGUACUUGCAUUUCGCAGAAUAGUACCGGAAAAGAAAGAAAUAUCUCGUUAAGCGAU